GGCAUCAUCAUCGGGUUCGACAUGCGCCGCAAGAGCGACCUCUUCGCGCGGGACACCGCGCUGGUGGCCGCCGCGCGGGGCAUGAAGGCCAUGUUGCUGCCGGAGCCCCUUCCGACGCCGGUGCUCGCGUGGAGAACAUCACUCGCGUGGGCGCUGCCGCGGGCGUGAUGGUGACCGCGAGCCACAACCCGCCCGCGGACAAUGGGUACAAGGUCUACCUGGGCACCAGCGGGCAGAUCGUGCCGCCGCAGGAUGCGCACAUCGCGGCCGCCAUCGCCAGGCUCGACGCCACGCAGGUGGAGCUGGCGCCCGAGGGGCACCCGCUUGUGCACAGGCUGGGCGCGGAGGCGCUGGAGGCCUACCUGGACUGGGUGCCUUCGGUGCGGCUGCAGCCGAAGCUCAGCCUCUCGGGCGUCACCGUGGCCUACACGGCCAUGCACGGGGUCGGGGCCAAGACGCUGGAGGCGGCGUUCGCCCGAGUGGGCGCGGCGGCUCCAGUGGUGGUCCAGGAGCAGCACGUCCCGGACGGCACGUUCCCGACCGUCUCCUUCCCGAACCCGGAGGAUCGAGCCGGGCGCCAUGGACCUGCUGCUCGAGCGCGCCAAGGGGUGCGGCGCUCACGUGGCAUUGGCGAACGACCCAGAUGCUGA